AUGUAUACACAUAGUUCCAAUCCAAUCCAACCUAAUUUCGUUCGAGCUCUCAAUGCUCACGCUCAUUUCAAGUCCAAAUUGCCAAAGCUAGCUAUUUACUUCAUCAUGUUCCCUUCCUUUCGGAUUCUAAGUUCCAAAUUCCAUGUUUCCAUGACCCACACCUCAAUUCCAAACCCUCAUACAUUUUCCCAUCCAUUCAUCCAUCCAAACGGCCAACCAGCUUUUACUGCUCCUUCUCCUCCCUACACCCCCUCCUCAAACCAAUCAAGUCACUAA